AUGGCUCAUACCACCGAAGACAAGAAUCAGCAACAAACUCCACUGAAGAGAGGCAGAGCCUCGACUGAUGAAAUUGACAAUGAUUCGCAAAAGAAGCCUCGCAUUAAUCAGCCCACCCACCUACCAUCACCAGACACGCGCGUAGCUUCGAACUCGACCGAGGGCCAGCAUGAUGCCUCGACUGGCCUCUCACAGCCAUCGGAUAAGCGUGAAUCAUCUCCUCCAUUCGCUGCUGGUCUGCAUUCGCCUCCGUCCGACACCCAGCCUUACAGCCAGUUCUUGCCGCCGCCACCAAUCAGCUACGAGGUCGAGGAUGAGGAAGCUGAGGGUGUCUGGGGCUACCUUGUGCCACUUGACGGAGUUUCAGAGCCUCUGGUCCUAAGACGCCGGGCAGCUUGUCCUGUACCCCAAACAAAGGUCGGCCGCACCGACGGUAAAAGCGCAGUACCUCGCGAUGAAUAUCUCAACCAAGAAGAGUCGUAUGAGAAGGAAAAGGCAGACAAAGGCGUCCCGGCAGGUGGCUACUUGAUAGGAAGACAUCCCGAAUGUGACCGCAUUAUCAAGACACCUACCGUCAGCAACCGCCAUUGCUUACUGUUUUGCGAAAACAAGGAUGGCGAUCAGAUUGCUGUUGUCGAAGACCUUUCGGGCAACGGUACAUACGUCAACAAUGGUAUUAUCGGUCGAAACAAGCGACGUGAUCUUUAUGACGGCGACGAGCUUUCAAUCCUUGAUGUCGCUCGUUUCAUCUUCCGAUACCCUAGUAUCCAUGAUACCAACGGAUUCCGUCAGCAAUACUCGAUCCAAGGCCAGCUUGGCAAAGGCCAUUUCGCUACAGUCUAUCUGUGUACUGAGAAGUGCAGCGGAGCUCGUUAUGCCGUCAAAAAAUUUGAGAAGCGCCGAACGACCACCAACUCUCAAGUUGCAGAGGAGAAGAGCAGAGUUGACGGGUUGCAACAAGAAAUCGGCGUGUUGAUGGGCGUUUCACAUCCCAAUGUUCUCUGUCUCAAGGACACGUUUGACGAGAGCGACGGCGUAUAUCUGGUCCUUGAGCUUGCCCCUGAGGGCGAAUUGUUCAACUGGAUCGUCGCCAAGCACAAGCUCAGUGAGCCCGAGACCCGUAAGAUCUUUGUGCAAUUGUUCCAGGGAAUUAAGUAUCUGCACGAAAGAAAUAUUGUACACCGUGACAUCAAGCCAGAAAACAUUCUGCUUAUUGACCGCGACCUAAACAUCAAAAUUGCCGACUUUGGACUUGCCAAGAUCAUCGGAGAAGAGUCAUUCACAUCCACCCUUUGCGGCACACCAUCGUAUGUUGCGCCGGAGAUUUUAGAGCAAGGCAAUCGUCGCAGAUACACAAGAGCAGUCGACGUGUGGUCACUCGGAGUCGUACUGUACAUUUGCUUGUGCGGCUUCCCACCAUUCAGUGAUGAGCUCUAUUCUCCAGAAAACCCCUACACGCUAAGCCAGCAGAUCAGAAUGGGACGUUUCGAUUACCCUAGUCCUUACUGGGACAGUGUUGGCGACCCAGCUCUUGACCUUAUCGACAAGAUGCUCACAGUCGACGUUGAGAAGAGAAUCACAAUAGACGAAUGCCUUGAGCACCCAUGGACUACGGGCCGUGUAGACGGAAAUAUGAGCUUUGGCGCCAGUAUGGAAAGCACCGACGGCCUGACAGGAGCCAUGGACAAGUUGGACUUUUCUAAAAGAAAGCCGGUCCGAGAGAGGACUCUGCUGAGCUCUAUCAACGACGCGACGUUCUUCAAGACACAAGCAACCGAGAAAGACGAUCGCGACAUCAAGGUAUGGGACCAAAACAAAGACCACAACAAGAAGACAAACAACGCCAAAGAAGAUGUUCCGGCACACGAACGAGACCCAGAUGAGUUUGUCAAGAUGGGUGGCAAGGGGGACGAGACACUAUACGGAGACGAGGAGGUUGCGAAGGAGAAGGCAAAGAAGGCGGACGUCAAGGCAUAA